AUGGAAGGAACCCGUUUGGCAAACAGACCAACAUUCCCAAUUCAUCCAACAAAACCCACAUCACAACCAAACCAUCAGCGCUUGAAAUUCAACACUGCAAUAGUUCCUCUUCCUACUGUACUACCUCAACAGCAACAGCAGCAGCAGCAAUCCCCUUCUUCGCAUUCAUUACCUGUUGAUUCUCUCCUUCAGCACCUACUGCACAUUUCUACUUCUGUUUCUUCACAAAAUCAAGAUCCUUUACCAUCCCAUUUCAAGAAAGGUAAUGGAUCAUUUGAUUUUCUUCCGUUGAAGUGUAAGUUCAUGCUUAACUCAAUUUUGGAGCAGCCCAUUUGUGAAUUGAAUGCAUUUUUUGAUUCUGUCAAGUUUGAGUUGCUUCAAGAAGUUGAUUUGAUUAGUUUGUUGAAGGGUUUGGAUGUUUCUGGUAACUGGGAAAAGGCCAUUUUGUUAUUUGAAUGGGUUUUGUUGAACUUAGAAAGUAGAAAAGAGAGAUUAGAUAAUCAGGUUAUUGAAAUGAUAGUCAAGAUUUUUGGUAGGGAGUCUCAACAUUUUGUUACUACAAAGCUGUUUGAUGUGAUUCUGUACGAGGAUUAUACAUUUGAUAUUCGAACAUGGACUACAAUUUUACAUGCUUAUUCGCGAACUGGAAAAUAUGAAAAGGCAAUAACUUUGUUUGAUUUUAUAAAGGAAAAAGGGUUAUCCCCAACUCUGGUAACGUACAAUGUGAUGCUGGAUGUUUACGGGAAAAAGGGACGAUCUUGGAAAAAGAUUCUAGGGCUUUUGGAUGAGAUGAGGAGUUUGGGGCUUGAGUUUGAUGAGUUCACUUGUAGUACUGUGAUAUCGGCUUGUGGAAGAGAAGGAUUGUUAGAUGAAGCAAAGAACUUUUUCGAUGGACUCAAGGUUUGGGGUUAUGUGCCUGGAACGGUUACUUAUAAUUCUUUGCUUCAAGUGUUUGGGAAGGCGGGGAUUUACUAUGAGGCUUUGAGCGUUUUGAAAGAAAUGGAGGAGAACAAUUGCCCUCCCGACUUGAUAACUUACAAUGAACUUGUGGCAGCAUACGCGAGGGCGGGUUUUCAUGAGGAAGGAGCAGCAUUGAUAAGCUCGAUGAGACAGAAGAAAUUAAUGCCAAAUGCUGUUACUUAUACAACUUUGAUCGAUGCCUAUGGCAAAGUGGGAAAGGAGGAGAAAGCUUUAAGUAUGUUCAAGCAGAUGAAGAAAUGCGGCUGUGUUCCUAAUGUGUGUACUUAUAAUGCUAUUCUCGGGAUGCUCGGGAAGAAGUCACGGCUUGAAGAGAUGAUGGAAAUCAUCUACGACAUGAAAUUGAAUGGAUGUGCUCCAAAUCGUGUCACUUGGAACACAAUGCUCGCUAUGUGCGGAAAUAGAGGAAUGCACAAAUAUUUGAAUCGUGUUUUCCAUGAGAUGAAGAGUUGUGGUUUUGAACCUGAUAGGGACACAUUCAAUACUUCGAUAAGUGCAUAUGGUAGGUGUGGGAUGGAAAUCAAUGCUGCAAAGAUAUAUGACGAGAUGAUAAUUGCGGGAUUUACACCAUGUAUUACAACCUCCAAUGCACUUCUAAAUGCCCUGGCUCAUCGAGGGGAUUGGAGAACGGCUGAAUCUGUCAUUUCCGAUAUGAGAUACAAGGGCUUCAAGCCUAAUGAAACGUCAUAUUCACUGAUGCUCCACAGCUAUUCAAAGGGGGGGAAUUUGAAAGGUAUAGAAAGGAUUUCAAAAGAAAUUUACGAAGGUCGACUAUUUCCUAGUUGGGUAAUUUUGAGAACUCUUAUUCUGGCGAAUUGCAAGUGUAGAUCACUUGCUGGUAUGGAGAGAGCAUUUCAAGAGUUCCUAAAGAAUGGUUAUAAACCCGAUUUGGUUUUAUUCAAUUCAAUGCUUUCCAUUUUUGCAAGGAAUAAGAUGUGUGAACGUGCCAAUGAAAUGCUCCGAUUGAUUAAGGAGAACGGUUUGCAGCCAGAUAUUGUCACAUAUAAUAGCUUAAUGGAUGUUUACGCCAGGGUCGGUGAAUGCUGGAAAGCCCAAGAAAUCCUCGACGGACUGCAAGAGGCUAGUUUCAAACCAGAUCUUGUAUCGUAUAACACUGUCAUUAAAGGGUUCUGCAGGCAAGGUCUUAUGCAAGAAGCUAUAGGGACUUUUUCAGAGAUGACAACUAGAGGAAUUCGGCCUUGCAUUGUCACCUACAAUACGAUCAUUGCUGGCUUCUCCACACGGGGUUUGUUCCCUGAAGUACACGAAGUGAUCAGUUAUAUGAUUCAGCACAACUGCAGACCAGAUGAGCUGACCUACAAGAUUGUAAUAGAUGGUUACUGCAAGGCAAAAAAGUACGAGGACGCCAUGGAUUUUGUAUGCAAAAUUAGGGAGGACUCUUCCUGUGAUGAGGAAUCAUUGCAAAGAUUCACGACUCGUAUAAGGGGAAAUAUGGAGUCGUCAUUUUAA